CGAGCGACUGACCGAGCGACUGACCGAGCGACUGACCGAGCGACUGACCGAGCGCGAGCGACUGACCGAGCGACUGACCGAGCGACUGACCGAGCGACUGACCGAGCGACUGACCGAGCGACUGACCGAGCGACUGACCGAGCGACUGACCGAGCGACU